AAUGUGCGCGCGGUGCGCAGGCGCCCUGGGGACCCGGUAGCAGUGGCGGCGGUGGCUGCGGUGACGGCAGCGGCUAACAGAGCCGGAUCACUGGCCCGAGUGGGAGGCGGCGGUGGUAGCCAUGGCGGCAGAUGGAGAGCGUUCUCCGCUGCUCUCCGAGCCCAUCGACGGUGGCGCCGGCGGCAACGGUUUAGUGGGGCCGGGCGUGAGUGGGGCCGUGCCCGGGGGAGGCCUGACCCCCUCCGCACCACCAUACGGAGCCGCAUUCCCCCCCUUCCCAGAGGGGCACCCAGCCGUUUUGCCUGGGGAAGACCCACCACCCUACUCACCUUUGACCAGCCCGGACAGUGGGAGUGCCCCAAUGAUCACUUGCAGAGUCUGCCAGUCUCUCAUCAACGUGGAAGGCAAGAUGCAUCAGCAUGUAGUCAAAUGUGGCGUCUGCAAUGAAGCCACUCCAAUCAAGAAUGCACCCCCAGGGAAAAAGUAUGUUCGAUGCCCUUGCAACUGUCUCCUUAUCUGCAAAGUGACUUCCCAGCGGAUUGCCUGCCCUCGGCCCUACUGCAAAAGAAUAAUCAACCUGGGGCCUGUGCAUCCAGGACCUCCAAGUCCAGAACAACAACCUGGGGGUGUCAGGGUCAUCUGUGGACAUUGCAAGAACACCUUUCUGUGGACAGAGUUCACAGACCGAACCUUGGCACGUUGCCCUCACUGCAGGAAAGUGUCAUCUAUUGGGCGCAGAUAUCCACGAAAGAGAUGUAUCUGCUGCUUCUUGCUUGGCUUACUCUUGGCAGUCACUGCCACUGGCCUUGCUUUUGGCACAUGGAAGCAUGCACGACGAUAUGGAGGUAUCUAUGCAGGCUGGGCCUUUGUCAUCCUGCUGGCUGUGCUGUGUUUGGGCCGGGCCCUCUAUUGGGCCUGCAUGAAGGUCAGCCACCCUGUCCAGAACUUCUCCUGAGUCCCAUGAUGACCCACAGUCUGUGUCUGGCCCCUCCCUGGUGGGGACAGUGACACUACAAAGGGAGCUGGGGGUAAAGGGCUCCCUGGGCUUCUGCAAGUGGAGCCAAGCAGCUGCCUUCCUUUUCCCUGGGGAGAGGUAGGAAGGAACCAGGCCCUCAGUUAGGUUUGGAGUGAUAGAUGAGACCACUGCUGGCCAUCUGCUCUCCAAGGGUUACUGUGUUUAGGGUGAAGUAGGUGAAAUGUUACCUCUAAACCUGGAUUCUAAAAGACGGUUCUAGCCUUGUCCUUCCUAUAUGCUCCCUGAGAGCCAUUCCUGUCCCUUACACAUUCCAGGGCAGGGUGGGGGUGGGUGGCCCUGGGGGUUUCCUCCCUCUUGUGCCCCGUUAGGACCUUGCUGCUGCUAUUGCACUUCACCAGGGGCUGGCUAUGGCCUCAAUACCCUCAGUCUCCUCCCCACAUUCCGUGUCCUGUGGGGGUGGGGCCAGCCGCUGCUCUGUACUGAACUACAGGAAUUGAUGUGUAUAUAACUAUUUAAUGUGGGGUAUGGUCCCCUAGUCCUGUAUUUCCCUUCAUUUGUCCUUUCAACCCUCUUUACCCUUCAGUUGCAGUCUCUAACUGUGCUGCAUAGGGUUGCUCUGUCUUGGGGGAGGUUAAGGACUCAUCCUGUGCUUGUAAAUAAAUAAGGUCAUGACUCCA